AUGACGAGCGACUUGCAGCGAUCUCAGGUCGAAAUGGACAUGGACAGCGGCGCACGUUAUUUGGUGGUUGAUCCUCCUGUAACAUGCCGCGGGGUUAUCUCUCGUGAAACUACUUCUCUACUCGUGUUUGUACUUGCAGUGUCCAGGAGCGCCCGGAGGGCUUUUGGUGCAAAGGCAAGAAUCCUCGUCAAGGGCGACAACGAGGUGGUUAUCGUUGCUGCCGUCCGUUCCGCUCCAACCAAAGUGCCCCGUGCACUGGAAACCAAGCAUCUCUACACCAGAACUCACCUGAGUCCAGCUCUCAUCGAUGAAAUCGCCGAUGGUAACGUCCUUCCCCCGGGUGGAGGCUGGCGGUGUUGCACUCGGGCGUACCCCACGCUACACCGCUCAAAACUGCAGCGUUCCUCUGGCCUUGCCGAUGCGAACCAGGCCACUGACCAAAUCAUCGGCCAAACUUCUAUCGGAAUUAUCCUUCCAGAAGCCAUGACAGCUCGGGAAACGUUUGGGAAAGCCAAGGACAAGAUCGUCCGUCUACAGGUUCAAAUGUUCGACCCAAAGACUGAAAAACAGGUAGAGAUUGUGGUGGAGGCAGAUGACGGGAUACGUGACGGCGUUACUUCUGCGAGUCUUGCGAAGGUGAAACCUUCAUUCAAAGAAGAUGGUUCAACACAUGCUAGUAUGCCUCGCAGGUAUCAGAUGGUGCAGCAGCUGUCAUAUCAACUCGUAGAUCUGCUGCCAAACCGCUCGGACUUCCGACCCUUGGCAAAUCAUGGGCAUGGGUCCCAUAUAUGCAAUUCCCAAAAGUUCUCAAAAAAAGCUGGUCGCUCCAAGGAUGACAUCGAUUUUUACGAGGUCGACGAGGAAUUUGCGUCACAAGCCAUUUACUCUAUAGAGAAGAUUGGCAUCCCGUUUGACAACGUGAACGUCAACGGCAGCAUGAUAGCUAUGGUGCACCCACUUGGAUGCAGCACGUACAUUCCCCUACCGCGGAUGGUGAAAUCCACCUUACCAACUUCGCAGUCAGGGCACAUCAAAUCGCCAGAUCUCAACAUUGCCAGACAGAGGAUACAUUCCGACACGACGCAUGAAGAAACUGGUCAACAUCAAGUCCAUUCCCAGUUGUCGUCCGACAACUAUGGCCUGGGCAAAAACUUCAGCGAAGUGCCACAAUACCUUAUGAUGUACAUCACACCGGAAAUUCAGGCGCAACGGGCACACUUUCACUGUGAAUAUCUAUACACAUCGAUGAAUGUUCAAGAUUCUCCCGGAGAUAGAAACGAGGAGAAACCCAAAUAUCAACCCGCCAGGUGA